ACCCCCACUGCCAGAGUCGCCGUCGAACAACCACCCUGCCACGGCCGCCUGCCACGGUUGCCUGCCACGGUGGCCGACGACGAGUGACUGAGUCCUCCGAUUAUUAUCUCAUUUGCCGGCACGAGCAGCACGCGGCAGUACACCACCGGCCUUUCUAUAUCUCUCUAUCUCUUUCUCUCUCUCGUUCCAGUUAUCGUUAUCGUUAUCGUUCUCGUUCUAGUUCUCGUUCUAGUUCUUGUUCUUAUUCGUUUCUUCUAUAUAUUCAUUUUCUCUUUCUCUUUUUUCUUUUUUUCUCUGCCACUUUUUUCUUGUCUCUCUCUCUCUCUCUCUCUCUCUCUCUCUCUCUCUCUCUCUCUUUCUUUUUCUCUUUCUCUUUCUCUGAUCGUUUCCCCGCUCUAGAGAUCCAUAGAUCGCUACUCCGAUUUUGCGAUCUUCGACGGAAGAAGAUCAAGGAACGUGCACGUAAGGCUGGAUUUUGAAGAAAGCGAACAGGACAGAUCGAAGAUGACGACAACGACGGGUGAUCCAUCGACUUUGAAGACACCAGCCUCGUUGUCGGGAGGUGAUCUGGUCUCUCGUUUAUUGGCAGCGACGCCACCGUACUUGUACAACGUACCGCUCACACCUCACAGUUUCUUCUUCAGUGAAAUGUUGAGGUCGUUCGUUCAAGCCAAAGCCGAAGCCACGUCUUCGACGGCGAACGGUACUAGCACGCCGAGACGUCGUAAGAGAUCUUGGCGAGACGCUCGUGACAGGCCACUCGAACUUACGACGAAGGAAAGAACGCAUCAUCAUCAUCAUCAUCAUCACCAUCAUAAUCAUCAUCAAUCUCAACAGGACAAAUAUUAUCAUGGACAAGCGCAACAGCUGUCGCAGCAACAACUAGACGCUCGCUUGGAGAACAGAACUAAACAGAGCGAAACUUAUGAGACCGAUAACAAGGUAAACGUGUUCGAUCAAAAAGCAAGCUUCGGUGGAGAUAUUUUGAAGUCGGUCGACGAGACCAAAUCGGAAUUUGUGAAACAGAGUAAGAACUUUUUCGACGAACGGCCCUGCCACUUCGAGCAAUCUCACUCACCGGAAACUAUUUUCCCUGCUGCCGAAUUACAAAAAGUUAAGCCGGAAGAACAACAACAGCAACAGCAACAACAACAGCAGCAGCAACAACAGCAGCAACAGCAGCAGCAACAGCAGCACGGCGAUCGCAAAAAUUGUAAUUAUGGCGAUAGAAACGGUUACGACGAACGUUCCAAAAAUACUGUUACCGUUCCAGAUUUACCUUUACUCACCGAUCAGAAAAAGCUCGAUUUUUCGAGGAACUUUCUUCCAGGACUUUCCGGAAGAGGAUGCGAAGUUUUUCAAGGUGUUAAAGGGUUUGGUUUACCCGGUAACGUCUCAAAUUCCGAAUUUCUACCCAGUCCACUCUGGUAUCCGCCAUAUCCUAUGCCACAAUCCUAUCCUGGCAUAGAUCCCUUACACUUUUUUAUCGAUCUUCGUGUCUCUGGACAUAUAUGGGAUCGUAAGCUCAAUGAGAGGCAGUUACCUUUCAAAAGCAAGCACUGCUCGGCUUUUAGCGUUCCGCAAUCAAAGGAAUACGGUAAUCGCCCAUUGAAUCUUACAAGGGACGAAGCUAGUACGUCUAGAACCAUCGACGAGAAUCUGCAUGGCACCAAUUACAUUUUGAAGCAUCUCAGUAGGACGUACAGGGAUAUACAGAAAACGAAAGUUUCGAGGCAGGAGACGUCGGAAAAUGAUGAGAUUAAACAAGGACUGUCAGAAAGCGAGGACUCAUCGAAACAAGAAGACGCUAGCAAUUCCUCCGGCAGUAAAGAAGACGAGAGAAAGGAUCUACGUGCUGUAAUUGGUCUCGAAUUGGUAGUAGACUACGUGAAGGAACCAAAAGGGGACCCUUCGACGGAACAAGCUGCACGAGUUAACUCGGAGUAAUUUGUGAAAGUGCCAAAGGUGAUCUUAGAUUUGUUCUUUAUUAAUAAUUGUAACAUAUUGCUAGAAUCAUCGAUAAAUCUCCGAUUAAUAUUACAUUCGAAUUUUGUCUCUCGCGAUUAUCUUAAGAAACGAGAUUAAUAAUCUUGACAUUUUUCAUCCCUUCGAACUUGAAAUAAAUCGCGUUAUCUAUUUAAACAGAAAUCAUCUAUUAAUCGUCUCUAAUAUACUCGAAAGUAUAUCUUCUUAAGCUUUCGUUGGUUUUCAAAGAGUAACGCAAAACCUCUCGUAUCUUUCCUUUCAAGCUAAUCACGGAGAAAACGAUCGAUUAUCGCGACUUUAACGAGUCAAUCCCUAGUUAUAACAAGGAGGAUUUUUUUUAGCUACCUCCAUGGGACUUGAAAUGGUCCCUUUCCGAAUUCAAUUGUAUGUGAUAUGCACUGUAAAUAUGAUAGUAGUAUUCCGAUGUAUCUAUAUGUAUCAAUAGAGUAUGGAUAGAUUAUGAUGAACGUGUAAAUUGUCGUAAUAAAUCCGAUGUGAUUUAGAUA